GAAAAAGCACAGCCUUCAAGCUCUGAUCUACAAAGAGUUAAUGUCUUAAGAGCUAAAUGGAACUGUAUUAACUCCUCUCUUAACAAGCCAGAAGGACAAGAGGAUUCUAGAGGACUAGAGGACACCAGAACAGUCAGAGAAAAGAAUUAGAGCUCUUUGGAGGAAGCAGAACUUGGCCUCUGGAAUCCCUUACAGCUUGGGAAGUGAUACGACAUCACAUCUUCUGGUGGACAGCGCAUCAAAGAACCUGUUAGAGACAUAGAUUUGAUCCUUCUGAUGGUGCCGGCUUCGAAAGGUAAGAAUAUAAAAACUCAACUAUCCUUGAGCCGGAUGAGCCGGGAAGAACUGGAGGACAGUUUGUUUCGUCUUCGUGAAGAGCACAUGUUGGUGAAGGAGCUUUCUUGGAAGCAACAGGAGGAGAUCAAGAGGAUGAGGACAGCCUUGCUCCGGCUGACAGCUGCGGGCCGGAACCUGCGGGCAGAGGUGGCAGCAGACAGCUCCUGGAGCCCACACGGCGGCGGCCGAAUGAGGGGUGGUGGCCCCGCUCCCCUAAGCAACAGCGCCCCCCAGUGCACUGGCUGCACCUGCAGUUACAGCACGUUGGAGGCCUUGCUUCCCGCCGCACCCGGCCUCGGGUCCAUGCGGGACCUAGACAGUUCCACGUAGCCCGGGCGGGUGCCCCGGUGCCCGAGAAAUCCAAGAGAGCUAAGGGAGAGGCUGAGCUACACAGCUCCUCCCACAUUCAAAGAACAUGCGACAAAUGAAAAAAACAGAGAUGAAAUACCCGGUGAACCCAGCGAACUUGUGCACACUAUGACCAGCAAUACUAUGCAAGUGGAAGAACCACCCAAGUCUCCUGAGAAAACAUGGUCCAAAGAUAAUAAUUUUGAACAGAGAAGUUCUUUGGAGUAUGCCCAGAAGGCCACAGAGCUUCGAGCUUCCAUUAAGGAGAAUAUAGAGCUCAUUCAACUUAAGAAGCUCGUACGUGAAAGGAAUACCUUAUUGGUAGUGACAAAAGCACAAUUAGCAGAAGUUCAAGAGGCAUAUGAAACUCUGCUCCAGAAGAAUCAAGGAAUCUUGAGUGAGGCCCAUGAUGUCCUCCUCAGCCAAGUGAAUGAGCUUAGGGCAGAGCUGAAAGAGGAGAGCAAGAAGGCUGUGAGCUUGAAGAGCCAAAGGGAGAAUAUGUCCAUCCUGCAGAUAACCCUAAAGGAGUUUCAGGAGAGAGUUGAAGAUUUGGAAAAAGAACGAAAAUUGCUGAAUGACAAUUAUGACAAACUCUUAGAAAACAUGCUGGACAGCAGUCAGCAGCAUACCCGGAGCCCUGAGCUCAACGGAGAGCAGCUGCAGCUACAGGUCUCUCAGCUGCAGGUUCGGCUGGAUGCUGAGCUGGAGGAGAAGAGCAGAGUCCUACUUCAGCUGUCCAGAGAAGAAGCUCUAAACAAGGAUCUGAAGCUUGAAGUCACCAACUUGCUUCAGAAGCAUAAACAAGAAGUAGAUAGCUUCCAAAAUAAAGAUACAAUUUUCCAAUGUCCUGACGGGCCAUCUGAAACAACCACUCACCUGCCUCUAUGCCAGGAGAUCACUCAGAUAGAGCCCAGUGAACCAAAAAACCAAGAAGAAAAGAAACUGUCCCAGACGUUAAAGGAGUUGCAAGCAUCACAUGGAGAGACCACACUGGAACUGGAAAAGACCAGAGACAUGCUUAUUCUGCAGUGCAAAAUCAAUGUGUGUUAUCAGGAGGAACUGGAGGCAAAGAUGACAAAAGCCAAUAAUGAAAGUAAAGACCGCAAAGAAAAACUGGAGAGGUUGAAUCAGCUCCUAGACCUCAAGAACAAUCGUAUCAAUCAACUGGAAGAACAACUCAAAGAUGUGGUUUAUGGCACCCAACAGUUGUCAUUAUGUCUGGAAGCCCUGCCAGCCUGUGGAGAUGAGGAUAAAGUGGAAAUUUCUCUGCCGCAUCAGAGUGAAAAUCUUUUUGAACUGCACAUCCACCAGGCUUUCCUGACGUGUGCCGCCCUGACUCAAGCUGGAGAUGCUCAACCUACCACUUUCUGCACCUAUUCCUUCUAUGAUUUUGAAACCCACUGUACCCCACUAGUUGUGGGGCCACAGCCCCUCUAUGACUUUACCUCCCAGUAUGUGGUGGAGACAGACUCCCUUUUUGUGCACUACCUUCAAGGGGCUUCAGGCCAGCUAGAGCUACACCAGGCUAUAGCGAGUAAGCACCACACCCUUGCAGCUGGAUUUAUUUGCUUUGACAGGGUGCUGGACACUGUAGAGAGAGUCCAUGGCUCUGCCACACUUACUGGAGCUGGUGGAGAGGACUUCGGGGUGCUACAGUACUGGAUGAGGCUGCGCUUCCCCAUAAGAUCCAGUGUACAGGCAUGCAAUAAGCAAAAGGAAGCUCAGGCCUACCUGUCAGCCAGUGUGCCUGGAGCCUGGGAGGCCCAGGAAGAUGAGUCUAGAUCAGAGACUUGGAAGCAUCAGAAUGAGCUGCAGGUAGAAAUCAUCCGAUGCUGUGGACUCCAGAGUCGAUGGCUGGGAACCAAACCGAGCCCAUACGCCAUAUACCGCUUCUUCACCUUUUCUGACCAUGACACUGCCAUCAUUCCAGCCAGUAACAAUCCCUGCUUUAGAGACCAGGCUCGAUUCCCAGUGCUUGUGACCUCCGACCUGGAUCAGUACCUGAGGCGGGAGGCCCUGUCUGUCUAUGUUUUCGAUGAUGAAGACUCAGAGCCUGGCUCAUACCUUGGCCAAGUCCAAGUUCCCUUGCUUCCUCUUGCACAAAACAAAUCCAUUAAAGGUGAAUUUAACCUCACUGACCCUGUGGGGAAACCCAAUGGAUCUGUUCAGAUGCAACUAGAUUGGAAGUCCUUCUACCUAUCCCCGGAUAGCUACAGAAAGCCAGAGGAGAACGACACCAAGGACAGUUUAGGGAUCUCAUCUGAAGAGAAGAAGACUUCCUUUCUUCCCCAGGACCAGAUGGCAUCUGCUGAGAUUCCCAUUGAAGCUGGCCAGUAUCAAGCUAAGAGAAAACCUCCACAGAUGGGAGAAAGAAAAGAAAAGGAACACCAGGUUGCAAGCUACUCAAGAAGAAAACAUGGCAAAAACACAGGCAUUCAAGGAAAGAACAGAAUGGAGUAUCUUAGUUGUAACAUCUUAAAUGGAAGCACACUAGAGCAGGUGAAUUACACUGAAUGGAAGUUCUCACGGCUUAAGAUCUCCAUUGAUGACAGUUUAAAAAAUCAGCAAAAAGAAGAGGAAGUGAUAUCAUCCCAUUCAGCACUGAUACAGAAGGAAGCCAUACUUCCUGUAAAUGAUGAAGAAUCCUGUGAGCAAACUUCUGAAGUCAGUGAAGCACAAACUACAGACAGUGAUGACAUAGUGAUGCCCGUAUCUCAGAAACGUCCUAAGGCGGUUUCAGAGAGGAUGUGCAUUGAAAUUGUGUCCCUGGCCUUCUACCCAGAGGCUGAAGUGAUGUGUGAUGAGAACGUAAAACAAGUGUAUGUGGAGUACAGGUUCUAUGAUCUACCCUUGUCGGAGACAGAGACCCCAGUGUCUCUGAGGAAGCCGAGGGCAGGAGAAGAGAUCCACUUUCACUUCAGCAAAAUGAUAGACCUGGACCCACUGGAGCAAAAAGGCCGAAGGCAGUUUCUCUUCACCAUGAUGAAUGGACAAGAUCCUGAGCAUGGACAUUUGAAGUUUACAGUGGUAAGUGAUCCUAUGGAUGAGGAAAAGAAAGAAUGUCAAGAAGUGGGGUAUGCAUAUCUGGAACUGCGGCCGAUCCUAGAGUCAGGAAGGGAUGUUCUACAAGAGCUCAACAUUGUGAGCCCUGAAGAUGAAGCUACUGCAAUAGGAAGGCUGAAGGUGUCCCUUGGAGCUGCUGCCGCCCUCCGUGCUAUUUACAAGGAGAUGACUGAAGAUUUCUUUUCGGGAUAGAACAAGUGCUAUUCCAUUCUAAACUCUCUGAGGGAACUAGAGUCACAACUCUUAUAAAGUAACUGCUACACCAUGAA